AUGUCGCUCACGGUCAACCUCUCGUCGACGGCGAUCCGCGACGCCUACGAAAAGGUGCUCGACGGCGCCAAGGACUACCUGGUGCUCACGUACGAAAAGGCGUCGAACGAUCUGCGCGUGCAGGUGUGCGAGAACGGCGACCUGGACGACCUCAACGAAGAGUUCUCGGACGGCCGCAUCCAGUACGCCUUUGCACGCGUCAAGGACCCCAACACGCAGCUGCCCAAGUUCGCGCUCAUCAGCUGGUGCGGCGACGGCGUGCCCGAGAACCGCAAGGGCCUCUUCGCCACGCACUCGUCGGCGGUGGCGCAGUAUCUGCGCGCGUACCACGUGAGCAUCAAUGCCCGUUCCGAGGCGGAUGUGGAUCCCAAGCAGAUCAUCCGUCGCAUCGCCGAGUCGUCCGGCGCCAACUACUCGGCGGCGGGUCAGGCGGCCAACACGCACAGGGGCGGACCCAUCGGAUCGGUCGGCUCCAGCUACCAACCCAUCGGCACGCCCGACAUCAGGGGCAUGCAAAAGUCGGCAGCCAAGGACACCAUUGCGCCUGUAGGCACCAACUAUGCGUCCAAGAGGGACGAGCUGCAGCAGAUCCGAUCCGGCACCGCCAAGCCUCCGCAGCUGCCCAGCGCUCCUCGCGUCAAUGCGCCCGCCUUCGAUUCGGCACCCGCCGCACCCCAUGCCCCUGCGGCUCCUGCAGCGCCAGCAGCCCCCGCAGCUGCCCCUGCUCCGAAACCGGUCAGCGCGCCUUCCGCGGUGCCUCCAGCUCCGCGACCUGAAGCUUCGUCCGCACCGACGAAACCGGCCGAGGACGACCGCAUCCAGCCGGUGGGCACGGCAUACCAGCCGGUGAGCCUGGGCAAGCCAGGCAAGCUCAACAUGGCCAACCGAUUCCCCUUUGGACAGCAGGACGAGACGUCGUCGGCGCCCGCUCCGGCGCCGCGAGUGGCAUCGGGAGGCACACCGGGCAAACUCACUUGGAGCCAGCGCCAGGAGGCGGCGCGGAAAGAACGCGAAGAGGAAGAGGCGCGCGUCAAGCAGCUCUCGUCCGGCAUGCGUACCGCCAGCUACGGAUCGGGCGCCGCUGCUCCGGCCCCGAAGGCUCCCGUCGCCCCCGCUGCUCCGGCUGCCCCUGCUGCUCCUCCUGCACCGGCGGCUCCUCCUGCUCCACCUGCCCCUGCGGCGCCAGCGGCUGAGGAGGAGCAAGACGAGAUCCCAGCUGCUCCUCCUGCGCCACCCGCACCUCCCGCGCCUCCGGUUGCGGCCGCCGAGGAGCCGUCGCAUGAGGUGGAAGAGACCACGCAGAAGCUGGCAUCGACGCAGAUUGGCAGCGGUGGCUUGCAGGGCCGGGUGGCAUGGGCGUACGAGGCAGCGGAAGACAACGAGCUGACGCUGGUGGAGGGAGCGCUCAUUUCGAACAUCGAGCAGAUUGACGAAGGGUGGUGGUCUGGAGUCGACGAGCACGGGCACGAGGGCUUGUUCCCCGCAUCGUACGUCGAGCUGAUCGAGGGCGGCGAAGAGGAGGCGCCUGCUGCCCCGCCUGCCCCACCUGCGCCACCUGCUCCUCCCGCACCGCCUGCUGCUGUCGACGAGGAGGACGAGAUUCCGCCUCCUCCUCCACCUCCGCCCGCACCGCCUGCACCUCCUGUUGAGGAGGUUGCGCCGCCCGCGCCGCCUGCGCCUCCUGCUCCGGCGGCAGCGGCGGCGGGUGGCGAGCGCGGAGUGGUGUGCACGGCCAUGUACGAUUUCGAGGCGAGCGAGGAAAACGAGCUGAGCUUUGUCGAGGGCGACACGAUCGUCCAGGUCGACGACCAGAUCAGCGAGGAUUGGUGGAGCGGCACCAACGAGCGCACGGGCGCCCAGGGGCUGUUCCCCGCCAACUAUGUCGAGCGUGCCUAA